AUGCCCAGAACAUGUCGUCAUCAGGCUAAGUUGUCCACUCGCCGUGGUGGCCUGCGUCGCUUGCGAAGAGUUUCGGCAGCUGCGGCAGCUCCAGCUGACUUUCAACUUGGAGGUGGUUUCGGGGCUGAUGGUCCUGACCAAGCAGAAGAUGCUCAGGUGAAGUACCCUCUCAUUGGCACGCGGAGGAGUUCGGGCCCAGUGCAGUACGACACGUGGCACCAGGUGCGCUCACAAGUUGCAGCCUACUUGCCCAAAAAGUCCACAACUUCAGAGUCCAGUGAGGAGCUCUUAAGUGGUUCUUAG